CAGAUUCACACGUCAGCCAAAAGGAUCAUUCGGGUUAGGGUUUUUCCACAAUAUCUGCUCGACUGCAAAGAAAAGCUUUCGAAUUAGCCGUUGCAGAGAGCUUCAAUCAUGGCGACUAUCGUCCCUACCUCCGACGAAGAUCCCGCUCUCGCCAUUGUCCGCUUCACCUCUGAACUAGCCUGGGCCGACGCUGGUCCCACGGUUGCAGAGUCACAGGUAACCAGGCUUUGUGUGGAAGCUCAAGAAUGCAUGGCAAUGGGUCGGUGGUUGGAUUUAGCAUCACUGAUGCUCACUUCAGCCGACUUGGUAUUGCCAAAGGUCUCUGAAAAAGAUCUCGAGUGUAUCUUCACUGUCAUCUGUGAUCUUGUCACGAAACCUGAUAGUACCGAUGAAGCACUUGAGAUGGCCAAACUUAUAUCGGCUAAACUUACUCAGCAACCAAAUUAUAAGACCGCAUUGCGCUUAAAGAUUUUGUUCAAUCUAUACAAUCUACUGGAAAACCCAUAUUGCCGAUUCUGUGUCUACAUGAAGGCCCUCAAUUUGGCAGUGAAUGGAAAAGUGACCGAGCACAUUGUACCUUCUUUCAAAAAGAUGGAUAGCUUCCUGAAAGAAUGGAAUCUUGAGAUCCAAGAUCAGAGAGAACUUUUUCUCAGCGUAGCUAAUGUAUUGAAAGAAAAUAAAAGCUCGGCAAAGGAUUCUUUUAAAUUCCUUACCAAGUAUUUGUCAACUUUCAAUGGUGAAGAUGCCUACACCAUGGGUGAAGCCAAAGAGGAAGCUGUCCGCACAAUUAUUGAAUUUGUGAAGGCUCCGGACGUGUUUCAGUGUGACUUGCUAGAGAUGCCUGCUGUUGGGCAACUAGAGAAGGAUGCUAAAACUGCAUUGGUAUAUCAGCUUCUGAAGAUCUUUCUGACUCAGAGACUAGAUGCCUACUUAGAGUUUGAUGCUGCAAAUUCUACUCUACUCAAAAGCUAUGGUCUUGUUCAUGAAGACUGUAUAGCAAAGAUGAGGUUGAUGUCCCUAGUUGAUCUUGCAUCAGAUGAAUCUGGUCAAAUUCCUUAUGCUCUUAUAAGGGAUACUCUUCGGAUUAAUGAUGAUGAGGUAGAACUGUGGGUGGUUAAGGCAAUAACUGCGAAGUUAAUUGAUGGCAAAAUGGAUCAGAUGAACCAGGUUCUAAUAGUGAGCCGGUGCACCCAGCGUGUGUUUGGCCAUCAUCAGUGGAUAUCGCUCAGAACAAGGCUAGCAACGUGGAGGGACAAUAUUACGAAUGUCAUUGGUACAAUACAAACGAACAAGAUAAGUGAAGACAGCUCGCCGGCAAUGCAAGGCAUGACGAUUCGAUGAAAUUGUUUACAGGUAGUGGUCAUCCGCAUUGCUACGUUGGAAAUUCAGUUACGAACUAACAAGUUCAGUUGUAAUUUUAUUCAAGUAUGAUGCUUUAGAUGAGUUUCAUUCCAAUGGAUGUCGUCUAGAAUCAUUUUUUUCCCUGGUGGUUACUUUUAUUUCCAAUAUUUUUGUUGGAUGUCUAUUACAAUCUGGAAAGUAGAAACUUGCUGGUUUUGAAGAA